AUAUAUUUUGUUUUAACACAUUCUGAUCUAGUCAGGCUUUCUGCACAUUUAAAAAAGACCAAUCCCAGUAUGCAAUGCAAACAAUGAGUUAACAGUCGCUUAGAAACCACAUGUCCCAGCAUGCCAUUCUCCGGAGCAAUCUCGGAAGUGGCUCUGAGAGACGCCAUUGCAUUCUGGGAGUUGUAGUCUCUAGGGACUGGCCCGCCCCUUGUGCAGCUUCGGCGGCCUACGUCCGGAGAAAACCCUACCGGGUGGCUUAACACGGCCCAAGCCCCAGCGAGCGGUGCCGCCCUACAACCUUCGCCCCCGGCCCGGCGGCCCCCUCCGCCUCUUCUCGAAUUUUACCCGCAGCCCAAGAUGGCGGCGGAGGUGGAUUUUGGCGACCUAGAGCUGUUCGAGGCGUUUGACCACCCAGAGGAGUCGAUCCCGAAGCCUGUUCACACCCGCUUCAAGGAUGACGACGGCGACGAGGAGGAUGAGAAUGGGGUCGGCGACGCGGAACUGCGGGAGCGGCUGCGGCAGUGCGAGGAAACCAUCGAGCAGCUCCGCGCCGAGAAUCAAGAACUUAAAAGAAAAUUGAACAUUCUGACUCGACCAAGUGGAAUAUUGGUGAACAAUACUAAGUUAGAUGGACCUUUAUUACAGAUUCUAUUUAUGAACAAUGUUAUUUCAAAGCAAUAUCAUCAAGAAAUAGAGGAAUUUGUAUCAAAUUUAGUAAAAAGAUUUGAGGAACAGCAGAAAAAUGAUGUGGAAAAGACUUCCUUUAAUCUUUUGCCCCAGCCAUCUAGUGUUAUGCUAGAAGAGGAUCAUAAAGUAGAAGAAUCCUGUGCCAUUAAAAACAACAAGGAAGCUUUUAGUGUUGUAGGAAGUGUCCUGUAUUUUACUAAUUUUUGCCUUGAUAAAUUGGGGCAACCGCUACUAAAUGAAAACCCUCAGCUUACCGAAGGAUGGGAAAUACCCAAGUACCAGCAAGUCUUCAGCCACAUUGUUUCUCUAGAAGGGCAAGAAAUACAAGUAAAGGCAAAAAGGCCAAAGCCUCACUGUUUCAAUUGUGGUUCUGAAGAACAUCAAAUGAAAGAUUGUCCAAUGCCGCGGAAUGCUGCUCGAAUAAGUGAAAAGAGAAAAGAGUAUAUGGAUGCCUGUGGCGAGGCGAACAGCCAGAAUUUUCAGCAGCGAUACCAUGCAGAAGAGGUGGAAGAAAGAUUUGGAAGAUUCAAGCCGGGAGUCAUUAGUGAGGAACUUCAGGAUGCACUGGGGGUGACGGAUAAGAGCCUUCCACCUUUUAUAUAUCGAAUGCGCCAGCUCGGAUACCCCCCCGGGUGGCUCAAAGAGGCUGAACUGGAGAACUCAGGGCUUGCACUCUAUGAUGGAAAAGAUGGUGCUGAUGGGGAAGCGGAAGCUGGGGAAGCCCAACAGAAUAAAAGCGUCACCUACGAUCUCUCGAAACUGGUAAACUAUCCAGGUUUUAAUAUAUCUACUCCCAGAGGAAUUCCAGAUGAGUGGAGGAUGUUUGGGUCCAUACCAAUGCAGGCAUGUCAGCAGAAGGACGUGUUUGCCAAUUACCUUACUUCUAACUUCCAAGCGACAAGUGUGAGGUCUGGCGGCAAGAGAUCUUCGUCCCAGUCCAGCCCUAGCAGCCCAAAGAAGCAGAAGAAGGAAAGCGGCUUAGCAACCUCGCCUGCAGACAUGGAGCUUGACUCGGAUGCGGAGGUCCCACACGGCUCUCUAAGCAGCGAAGCUUUUCAGUUUCAGCCCCCAUUGCCCCCCGGCACCCCUCCCCCGCUGCCACGGGGAACUCCUCCACCCAUCUUCACCCCUCCGCUCCCCAAGGGCACCCCACCACUGACUCCCAGCGACUCCCCCCAGGCCAGAACAGCGUCCGCGGCUAUGGAUGAGGACUCGCUGACUCUGGAAGAACUUGAGGAACAGCAGAGGCGGAUAUGGGCGGCCCUCGAGCAGGCCGAGAGCGUGAACAGUGAUUCUGAUAUUCCUGUUGACACACCUCUCACUGGGAACUCGGUCGCCUCUUCGCCUUGUCCAAAUGAGCUAGACCUCCCUGUUCCAGAGGGGAGAACCUCUGAAAAGCAGAUGAUGCCUGAUGAGCCUGAGGUACCAGACACUUGUACAAAGAGAUCAGAAGUUGAACAUUCUCUGAGCCCAGAUUCUGAGCCUACAUUGCUUUGUCAGAAGGAAAGGGAAGAGUCUGCUCGGGUAGACUCUAAAGAUGCUCCUCUUGAUAAUGGCAGUGUUGUGUCGAACUGUGACAUUAGUAAUGGAGGCAGUCAGAAGCUCCUUCAUGUGGACACCAGUCCUUCAACGGCCACUAAAAUUCAUAGUCCUGUACCUGACAUGAGCAAGUUUGCAACUGGAAUAACGCCAUUUGAAUUUGAGAAUAUGGCAGAAUCUACUGGAAUGUACCUCAGGAUAAGAAACUUGCUAAAGAACUCGCCCCGAAACCAGCAGAAAAACAAAAAGGCCUCUGAAUAGCUGCUUGACUUAGCACGAAGAACUAUUUAAUAUCUAUAACUUUGUGUUCUGUUAAUUCGUACCAAGUGGAGAUAAAAUUGUUUUCCGAUUUGUCCCUCCCGUGUUUAAAAAUCUAUCCAAAGCUUAAUUGUGGCCUAAAGUCAGGCCUGUUUUAAAGAACAGAAAGACUGGGCUUGCUGGUUUACUAUAUUUUAUUCUUACUGAUAAGAACUUGGCGGGGGCAAUGUAAGAGCUGGCUUAGAGAUAGUUUGCUAAGGUUUCUACUACUUUUGGAUUGUGUCUGUCAGGAGUGAUGGUUUUUAUCUGUCUUUUGUACAUUGUUUUCCCUUUCUACAUUUUGCUAAUUAUCCUGUAUAUAAGUUUAAUAUAUCAUUUUUUAAAAGAAAAAAAUUCUAACCAUUUUAAAUUCAUAUUUCAACUCUGACAACCAAAUGAGAAAAAUCAGGGAUGAGCAGCUUUACCCCAUUUGGGGUAUUUUUGUAAGUGAUUUACACGCAUCAAUUUUAAUAACACUUUUACUUUUUUGUAACUUCAUUCCUCAUAUAAGUUUGCUAUACAGGUAUGUUCAUCUUUGUGUACAAAGGUUUAAUAAAUUAGCUUUCAUAUACAUAAUCUAAGACUUUGAAUACAAAAAAAUGAUUCACAGUUAAAUUAGCGUAUACAACCUUGUAAGUUUGGACGUAAAUUAUGUGGUUGCGGAAAUUAGUGGUAGCAAAGAAAAUCUAGUAAAAUGCAAGUUUGAGUAUUUUUAGUGUUCUUUCAGCCUUAACUAUAGAGACAGCAGAAUCUUUUAAAGUAAUUAUUUGGGAGAAAAAUAGUGGGCAGCUAACCUUUGUACAAAAAUAACUUUCUAGAUUUGAACCCUAAGAUAAUUAAUACUUAGAAAUAAAAGGUAGGGCGCCUGGGUGGCUCAGCUGGUUAAGCGUCUGCCUUCGGCUCAAGUCAUGAUCCCAGGGUCCUGGGAUCGAGCCGCGCAUCGGGCU